AAUAAUACUUAAUUAUAGGGAUGAUAACAGCAUUCUGGAAGUGCAGACUGCUAAUGAUCUUUCCAGGUUAAAGUUGGCAAUUAAGUAUCAUCAGAAAGAGGUUUCAUUUGGGGUGAAGUAAAACAAAUGUGGGAUGGUGGACUUCAGGACUACAUACACGACUGGUGGAACCUUAUGGAUUUUGUAAUGAAUUCUUUAUACCUAGCAACAAUUUCUCUGAAAAUUGUUGCCUUUGUUAAGUACAGUGGUUCACGUCAACGGGAGGACUGGGAAAUGUGGCAUCCCACCCUAGUUGCUGAAGCAUUAUUUGCUAUUGCAAACAUCUUCAGUUCCCUUCGCCUAAUUUCACUUUUCACUGCUAAUUCUCAUCUGGGACCUCUCCAAAUAUCUCUUGGACGUAUGCUGUUGGAUAUUCUGAAGUUUUUAUUCAUAUACUGUCUGGUGCUACUAGCUUUUGCGAAUGGUCUGAAUCAAUUAUACUUUUACUAUGAGACAAAUGCUGCAGAGGAACCAAAUAAUUGCAAAGGAAUAAGGUGUGAAAAACAGAACAAUGCCUUUUCAACGCUAUUUGAAACUCUUCAGUCACUGUUUUGGUCAAUAUUUGGUCUUAUUAACCUAUAUGUGACAAAUGUGAAGGCUCGUCAUGAAUUCACGGAGUUUGUAGGUGCCACUAUGUUUGGAACAUACAAUGUUAUCUCGCUUGUGGUUUUGCUCAAUAUGCUGAUAGCUAUGAUGAACAAUUCCUACCAACUUAUUGCGGACCAUGCAGAUAUUGAGUGGAAAUUUGCAAGGACAAAGCUGUGGAUGAGCUAUUUUGAAGAAGGUGGAACUCUUCCAACCCCUUUUAACAUUAUUCCAAGUCCAAAGUCUGUGUGGUAUUUAAUAAAAUGGAUGCGAAGACAUUUAUGCUUUAAAAUUCUCUGCAAACAAAAGCGAAGGAAACCUGAAAGUCUUGGCUCUCUCGGGAGGAGGGCAGCUAACAAUCUGAGGCGAAAUCAUCAGUACCAAGAAGUUAUAAGGAAUUUGGUAAAAAGGUAUGUUGCUGCAAUGAUCAGAGAUGCCAAAACUGAAGAAGGGCUGACUGAAGAGAAUUUCAAGGAGCUGAAACAGGAUAUUUCUAGUUUCCGCUAUGAAGUCUUGGGUCUUCUGAAAGGAAACAAACUUCCUGGUAAACAGGCCACUGCCUUCAGCACAGCAUCUCGGAUUUCAGAUCCAAAUGAAGUUUUUAAGGUAGAGGAUCGAACAGAUGACCACAUGACUGUGUCAACGAAGAAAAUAACGUGUACAAAUGAACAGAAGAACAAGCUAAGUUUCUAUGAUUUGACAUCUUUAGUUUAUCCGAAGACAAUGUCGAAAUUGUCAGAUACUCCGGCAGCAUGUAACAACAUGAGCAAUGGGUCCACGCCUAAAGCAACUGAUAUAUCCAAGGAAAAGCAAAACAAUAAAAGUGUUGUUAAAGACUCAAUCAAAAAUUUGGGAUUCUUUCGAAAAAGAACAAAAACAUGCAAUGCAGAGCAGAACAGCAAUAGGAUUUACACAGUUUCUGAGGAAAUUACCCAAGAGGAAGGCCUUCUCAGAAACAAAGAAAGCAACUGUGAGGGUAAGAGAGACUUGGACCAAAUGGUAGUGAGUGAGACUGACUCAGACAUAAAAGACCUAAAAGUGAAUAGCACAUGGAAGCCAGAAACAGAAGAAAAGAUGCAUGUACUUUCGCAAAAACAGCCUCCAGAUGGCAACACCAGUGCUCACGCAUUAGAAACAACAGAGGAUACUCUGUCAAAUGAUUCAGGGAAUGAAGACAGUGCAACUCAAUGGACUGUGACACAGGGUGAUUAUGUGACAACUAGAUUAUAAUAGUAUUUAUUUUGCAGAUUGCUUUUAAGAAUAAUAAUAAAGGAAUUAUAUUGAGAAGACAUUGUAAACCCUCAUAUUAGCAA